AUGUUGUCAUCAGCGGCACGCUCCAUUGCUUCCCUGAAGUCACGCUGCGCCUACGCACCAUACCUCAGCAAAGUCUGCAAGCCAGAGGAUACAGUCAAGUUCUUCAAGGACGGAAUGAACGUUGGUUGGUCUGGUUUUACACCAGUAGGUGACGCCAAGGUUGUUCCAAUUGCUCUUUCCGAGUAUGUCGAGAAGAACCACCUUCAAGGCAAGCUCCGCUUCAAUCUUUUCUGCGGUGGCUCCACAGGCAGCAAGAAUGAGGACCGUUGGGCCAAGAAUAACAUGAUCAGCAGGCGUUAUCCAUACCAAAGUGGCAAAAACCACAGGAAGUUGAUCAACAAGGGCAUCUCCCUUAUGGCUGAUAAGCAUAUCUCCAUGUUCCCACAAGAUCUCUUCUACGGAUUUUACACAAAGUCCCGUGGAGGUGGUCUCGACAUCGCUAUCAUCGAAGCCACAGAAAUUCUUGAGGAUGGUUCCCUCGUUCUUGGUGCUUCCGUUGGCUCUACAACUGAAAUCUCUCAGAUCGCCGACAAGAUCAUCAUCGAACUGAACACUGCUAUCCCAUCCUUCAAGGGCUGUCACGAUAUCGUCUAUGGCUGCAAGCCACCGUACAAGCCACUCAACAUCACCUCCCCAGGCUCAAGAAUUGGUGAAAUUUCCAUCAAGAUCGACCCAUCCAAGGUCAUUGCUGUCGUAGAAUCCAACCUCAGCUUCCCAGGUCUUCCAAUUGCUGGCCCAGAUGCUACAGCUACAGCAAUUGCAGGACAUAUUGUUGAUUUCUUCCAGAACGAAGUUAAGCAAGGCCGCCUUCCAGAGAACCUUUAUCCAUUACAGUCUGGUGUCGGCAACAUCGCCAACGCCGUUCUUCAUGGCCUCAACAACUCUCCAUUCAACAAUCUCGCUGUUUACACAGAAGUUCUUCAGGAUGCCAUGCUUCCAAUGCUCGACACAGGCAAGCUCACAUUCGCUUCUGCUUCAGCUCUUACUCUUGCUCAAUACGACAAGCUUUAUCAGAAUUUCGAUUUCUACAAGGACAAAUUCAUCCUUCGUCCACAAGCAAUUACAAACGCACCAGAAGUUGUUCGUCGCCUCGGUGUCAUCGGCAUGAAUACACCUGUCGAAGUCGACAUGUACGGACAUGCCAACUCAACACACAUCAACGGCACACAAAUGAUCAACGGCAUUGGCGGAUCUAACGAUUUCGAGCGCAAUGGAUACCUCUCCAUCAUGCACUGCCCAUCCGCAAGAAAGACAAAGAAGGAUCCAACCGGCAUUUCAUGCAUCUUACCAAUGUGCACACACAUCGACCAGACAGAACACGAUCUCGAUGUCAUUGUCACAGAACAAGGCCUCGCCGACCUCCGUGGACUCGCUCCAGUCGAACGCGCAAGACUUAUGAUCGAAAAGGCCGCUCACCCAUCAUACAAGGAUCAGCUCAGAGAAUACCUCAACAUGGCAAUCAAGGAAACACAGUCAAAGGGUGCUGGCCAUGAGCCACAGAUUCUCGAGAAGGUCUUCAAGAUGCACGAGAACUUGGCUACCAAGGGAACAAUGCAUCUCGACAGCUGGUAA